AUGGAGAGCAACGCCCCGUGUCCUCCUGGUGUGGCGGCGCUGAGAGAAUCCUUCGGUGACGGCAAGCCUCCCGAGAUUAGCAGAAAGAUUACAGCAUCCUUGGCUAACGUACUCAAGAUCAAGUGUCAUAUGACAAAUGGCAAGGCCCCGUGCACCCGGUGCAAGAAGCGAUCUCUUCCAUGCACCGUGAACCGCAGCCUGCAAAUGCUAUUAGAAGAUGACAUCAGUUGGAAGCAGGCAAUUGGGCAAAAGGUACAACGUCUAGAACAUGCCAUUGGCGCCGUGGCAAAGAAACUCGACAUGCCGGAACUGCGUGACCUGUUUAGUGAACAGGCUGAGCUCAAUGCCAUGUUUGGUCAUGGACAGCGCACUACGUCCGCAGGCAGCGGCAGCCAUCUUCACCCUGCACAUGACCAUUCAUGGGAAAUCACGGUUGAUCCGCAGUGUGAGCCGUCCUCAAUGCCGGCUUCGUGUAUUGCCCAGGUGCCCGGCGACGGAGCUUCAGCGAGCCAUGCGUCACGAAAGCCUAAUCUUGUGUCAAAAGGGUUGAUAUCGCUGGAGGAAGCAAAAGUUUUGUUUGCCGUUUAUCAAGACCGACUAGACCAUUUGCUGUAUCGGAUCCUGGGCGACGAUGCCAGUUUGGAAACGGCAAUGGAAAGCUCGCCGUUGCUCACGGCGGCAGUUUGCACAGUUGGGGCGUUGCAUUCCGAGCAGCUUGGCCAUCUCUACGAUACGUGCCUCGCCGAGCUCAAGAUGCUAUUCACGACGGAAUCGCUGUCGCGGCAGCACAACACGGAUGAUGUCCGAGGACUCUGCAUCGGGGGAUUCUGGCUGAGCAGUCUCUCGUGGGCCUCAUCGGGAUCCGCCGUGCGAAUAGCUUCCGAAAUUCAACUCCACCACGCGAUAUACAAGGCCCUGGAGGGCGACAGAGACGCAUAUCUGAAGACGCGGCUAUACUACCACGUCUAUGUCUGCGACCACCACACGUCCGUCUUGUACGGCCGGCCACCAAUGUCUCAUGAAUGCGCCAGCAUCAACUGCACCAAGCUCCUCGAGACGGAACACGCAGUCGAGGACGAUGUCCGGCUCGUCUCCCAAGUAAAGAUAUGGUCCAUAUACAGCGACAUCUUCAACUGCUUUGGCACCGAGACCGGCAAGCCCGUGUCGCCGUCCCAGCUGCCUCAACUGCGGCGCUUCGCCAUUGCCUUGGACACCUGGUACGCCGACUGGCGGGAGAGGUUCAGCCCGAAUGAAAAGGUCGGCAACUAUCCUGCCAAGGGGGUCGGGCUUCACUUCAACUUUGCCAAGCUCUACCUCUGCUCCCAUGCCUUUCGGGGCCUGCACACGUCUCCCUCGCCAACCUUGGUGCCGGAGCUCGAAGAGGUUGCCAACACGGCCGUCAUCUGCGCAACGUCAAUCCUCGGUGGCUUGAACACGGACAAGGAGGUGCAGCUGCUGCUCAACGGCCUGUCGCUGUGCUUCGACAUGAUGAUCACGUUUGCAGUCGUCUUCCUGCUCAAGGUGGUGACAAAGUACCCCGAUACCAUCUGGAUGGACAAGGCUCGCAUCCUCGACAUUGUGAAUCAGACGCUUCACAUUCUUGAGAGGGAUGCUCCUUCGAUGAACCAGAAGCACCUGCUCGUUUCUGUUACCCCGGCGUUGAGCAAGCUGGUCCAAAAGGUGCAAGAAACGCCGUCGACCAGGUCCGGGGCGGGAGUUGGCCAUGCUCCCUUGUCUCCUGACCCGUCCGUUUCCCGACAGAGCGAGAUUGACUGGAUGCAGAGUUUUGGCAGUUUUGAGAAUUUUGACUUUCAUGCGAUGCUGCCCGAUCCCAAUUCUUGGUCAAUUGAUCUGGAUUUCGGCGGUGCAAUGGACCAUGCCAAUCAAUAG